AUGGACAACUGCGCCGAUCAGAGCCUUGCGCAGAGGAGCAUUGGAUUCUUCAGGGUGCCUGGUCUCUUUGUGCGGCUGAGCAGCAAAGGCCUGAACGCAGUGGACCCUGAUUCAGUCUGGAGCCCAACCUCUCCUCUGGAUUUCAAGAACCUGCCGUCGUCAAACACUCUGGGCACCAAUCUCAAGCCCACUGGAUUGCUAGGCAUCGAGGCUGAUCAUCUGAAGCUCAGAACCGGCUCCCCGAGAGUCGGUCUCGGCCUUGUCGAUGCCCUCACCGCCGACGAGGGCUCGUUGCACUUUGGCGGCAAGAACUCGUUCCUUGAAUCCAUCAAGCCAUUUCUCGAGCUUGGGCUGCCAAAGGUGGCUGCCGAUGAUGCAUCGUCGUGUCAGAAGACCGGUUCGGUUGGCCUUGGCGCCGCCAUGAAGGAGAACACAGGCUUCGUUCAAUGUGAUUGUGAAGAUGAAGAGUACACCUGCGUGAUCGAGCACGGCCCGAACCCGAGGACGACGCACAUCCUGAAAGGCCAGACGGUGGAGGUGCCCAACGGCGUGCGUUCCAAGAGGCCGAUUUUCACCAUCGAGCCCAUCGAGGAGCCGUCAUGGCCGUCGAUGCCGGCUGCUGGUGCCGCCGCUUCUGGUUCGUGCUCCCACUGCAGGAAGCGGCUGCGAGAGGACAUGGAUACCUUCAUGUAUCUGGGCGAGUUGUUCUGCAGCAACGAGUGCAGGAAGUGCUGCAUGGAGGAGGAGAUAGACGAGGUGGAGGUGGAGCUCAUGGUGCUGGAUUCCGGCGGCUCCUCUGCUGAUCUGCAUUGGUGA